AUGUGGUACAAUAACACAGAAAUGUCCAAGGACUGUCUCUACAUGAACGUCUGGACGCCAGCCAACGGCAAGAUCACAGAACUGCUGCCAGUUAUGGUCUGGAUCUUUGGCGGCGGCUUCUUCAGUGGGUCGGCCAAC